AUGUGUAAGGCGUCUAUUACUCAUUUCCUGUGCUUGCGCGCAUCAACGGACGGGCUUGUGGGCAUCAAAAGCGCCAGAGUGUCGGAGAAGAAAAGAUGCCCGCCCUUUCGCCUUGCGAAUCUAGUGAAAUGCGAUGGGAAGCAAGCUGCUACCGGACGAUGCACAAACUGCAACACUCAUGAUUGGGACUGUGUCUACAAUAGUACUCUCAGCUUGAGAUAUGACGCAGGCUAUAUCAGAGCACUCGAAGUCAAGGUCAAAAAGCUUGAGGGUCUCAUCAAACGAUUGCUACCAGACCAAGACUUCACCUCUGAAAUCGGUUUUGAAUUGACUCGUGAUAACUGGAUGUUGCCCGGCGUGUGUGGCUCGCAUGCAUUGAACGACGCUCAGCCCCACACCUCUAAGAUCCCGCUGGCGGACGUCAUGCCUGCAUUCUCUACCUCUACAUCGGGCUCCCUCGCCAUCCUAGGACCUGAGCAAGCGCCACCGACAACGCCCUUACCAGAAGAUGAUCAUUCCGAGGAUGAAGUGAAUAGUCUCACGACCAAGCUUCAGAGUCUUCCUGCCCUCGACGCCGCGCCACCUCGGGCCUCAGUAAACUACCUCGGCAAAUCUUCGCGCGCUGGUCUUCUCAAUACCGUAUUAGCUCUCUGCGCCAAGCUCGCUCCGAGCGCAGAUACGACUGCGGCAUCUCGCACACUAGAUAAGCAGCCAUUGUGGCUGAAGGACCCUGCGUACGGUGACCCACCACCACCGUUCCAAUUUCCAGAACAAGACCUUUUGAAUCAGCUACUCCAGAUCUACUUUGUCAACGUCCACAUGUUCGCGCCCGUUCUUCAUCGCCCAACAUUCGAAAGUGACGUGAAGUCUGGACUACAUCUUCGCGGUCGUGCAUUUGGCAGCGUGGUCCUUCUAGGAGAAGAUAACUGGCACUCGGCAGGAUGGAGAUAUUUCAUGCAAGUGCGACUGCACAGUGAUGCGCUCUUCUCGUCUUCGAGCUCCCACCUGCAUCGCCUACAGGCUAUAUGCCUCGGCGUCAUGUAUAGUAUCGGGUUCUCUUCGCUCCAUGCCUCUCUCCACGCCACCAUGGGUAUUCGCUUGGCAUUGGACAUUGGAGCUCAUAAGCGCAGCGCAUAUGGUGUCAAACUAAGCGCCGAGGAUGAACUCUUCAAACGGGUGUUUUGGACGCUUGUCUUCUUUGAUCGUACGCUGAGCGGAUCAAUGGGCCGCCCGAGCAGCAUACAAGAGGAGGACUUCGAUCUAGAGUUACCUCUCUGCUGCGAUGACGAAUACCUCGACCCUCAACAUGGUGGAAAGCAGCCAAAGGGCAAAUCAUCUACCGUAAGCUACUUUAUAUGGAUGAUCAAGCUCUCUCAGAUUCAGGGCCUGGCCCUGAGAACCAUAUACGCAAGUACCAAAGCUCGAGCGCACUAUAAGUUUCAAGGUGAAGAGUGGACAACGCGAACUAUCGCGCAGUUAGACUCGCUACUGAACAGUUGGGCCAACACUGUUCCUGAACACCUACGUUGGGACCCAGACCGUACCGACGACGUCUUCUUCUGCCAGUCUGCGCAUCUAUGGAUGCAGUACCACGAGAUGCGGAUCAUGGUCCACCGUCAAUUCAUAUCUUCGCCACAGACCACGCCAUUGCCAUUCCCGGCCCUCGCGAUGUGCACGAGUGCUGCGCAUUCACUCGCGCAUCUGAUUGCUGCAUUGUAUACGCGACUGCCCAAUUGCACCGGGAUCCUCCAUUGGGGAGCUGGGUACGCGGGCCUUGUGCUACUGAUCGGUAUCGGGAAUGCGCGUCUGCACAACCUCGUCUAUGACAGGAAGUCAGCAAUGGCAGACAUCGAGACUAUGUUGGCCAUCUUCCGUUUGCAAGAGAACCGUUGGCGUUGGGCUGGUCGAUACGCACGCAUGUUGCAGACUCUCAAGGUGAUAGGAGAAAAGACCAGCUACGAGCCAGUAGAGAGCCGGAAACGUCGCCUUGAGGAAGACCCGGACGUUCCGCAAAAGACGAGAUCGAACUUCGACCCAUCGUUGUCCAAGGAGGAUCGUCACAGUCAAGGCGCAUCAGGAAGCGCAGAUUGGAGCGAACCGUCUGUAUUCGGUCCAGCGCCAAUCAGUCAAUCACCGGCCGGUGGAAGUCGUCCGCUGGAUGCAUCUCUAUCUUCGAGUACAGGCAUCGUCUUGGGCAACGUCGACUUCGGCGCGCUCUUUGGAUUUGAGGUUGCAGACGGGAUGGAUGUGCAUUUACAUCCAUCCACUCGGCUGGACAGCGAGAUGGAUACUUUCGGCAGUCUUGCGACCGGUCCUGUGGGAAUGACACAACCAGGAGACUGGCCUGCAAUGCCACUUGAUGUCGGAAUGGACGACUGGCAAUGGAUGCUUCCAGGGCAGAGCGCUUAUGGCGGAUAUCAAACGUUUACGAGGGAGCAACAGCACCGCUAG